AUGGACGUGGAAGAUACGAUCAAUGUGGUAGAUGGGGCGGCCGCUGUCAAAGAUGUGGCACAACUCCAUCUAUGGAACGAUAGGAUGACAUACGCCGGCGACCAUUUACGCGUACACGACCUGAUCGAAAAGCACAUCAUGCAGGGACCAUCAGCUCCGAGUGUGUGCGCCUGGGAUGGCAAAUGGACCUACGCAGAGUUAGACAAGCUCUCAUCUGCCCUGGCGUCCAAUCUCAUCGCGAACGGCAUUGGGUGUGAAGACUUCGUACCCUUGUACUUCCACAAGUCAAAGUGGACAGCCGUUGCUAUCCUCGCAGUGGUGCGCAGUGGAGCAGCCUUUGUACUGUUAGAAGAUGCGCACCCGCUGCCUCGACUCCGUGAGAUCUGCUCUGAGAUGAAGGCGACCUUGGUAGUGGCUGCAGAAGACUUGGAGAGUCCGGCGAGGCAGCUGGUCGACGGUGCUUCGGUCAUCGUAUUGGGCCAGUCUUCCGUCCUAGAGUAUGUCGCUCAUGACGAGCAGACUUGGCGAGCAUCACCUGUUACCGGGUCCAGUGCCUUGUAUGCUAUCUUCACAUCGGGUUCGACAGGACGACCAAAAGGUGCUGUGAUUGAGCACGCUUCUCUAUGUGCUACGGCCGUGGCUUCAGGACGUGUGUUGGGCAUGAGUGUGCACACUCGCGCUUUUCAAUUCGCCUCAUUCGCAUUCGACCCCACCAUCAUGGACUUUUUGCGGACGUGGAUUUAUGGCGCCUGCGUCUGCAUCCCCUCCAGAGAACAAGCCAAGAACGAUAUCGCUGGUGCUUUCACGGCUCUGCGAGCCAACAUGGCUAGUCUGACGCCCUCAGUGGCGCGAAUGUUAGACAUUAAAGACCUCAACGGCCUUGAAGUUCUCGAGUUUGCAGGAGAACCAAUGCUCCCAUCCGACCGGGAGAAGUGGGCCGAUCACGUGACAUUAGUCAACGCGUACGGCAAUGCUGAAUGUUCCGUCUACACUAUCAUGCAAUCCCCAGUGCUUCGAGAGACUCCAACCAAUAGUAUAGGCUUUCCUAUAGGUUGUGUGGCAUGGAUCGUCGAUGACAUGGACGCCGACAUCCUGCUCCCGCUCGGACGAGUAGGGGAGCUGGUGGUCGAAGGGCCUGCUGUCGGCCGCGGGUAUCUCAACAACGCUGAAAUGACUGCGGCCUCUUUCAUUCGAAAUCCUGCGUGGCUGCACGAGUUCCGCAGCGAGGGUGCAGAAAAGCAACGUCUAUACAAGACAGGUGAUCUUGCUAAGUUCCAGCCGGACGGGUCAAUCCUCUGCUUGGGACGGAAAGAUACACAAGCCAAGAUCCGUGGCCAGAGAAUCGAGCUAGCUGAGGUGGAAUGGCAUAUUAGACAACAGCUGCAUGUACUUGACGAGGUGGUCGCCGAAGUGGUACGAUUAGAAGAUGGUGGAACGAGUCGGGCGGUGCUCGUGGCUUACGUUAGGCUGCAUGACACCACGCUCCAAAUUGAGAGCGUGCCAGAAGAGCACAGUAUACUUCUCGCCACUCCUAAUGAGUCUUUCCGGCUCAAGAUGGAUGAGGUCGAGCGAGUUUUAAAGGCUCGCAUUCCGGCGUACAUGGUCCCUGGUGCAUACGUUGCAUUAAACUACGUCCCGCUUUCCAUAUCUGGCAAGACGGAUCGCAAGCAGCUCAAAGAAGAGACGGCGAAGAAGCCAUGGAGCGAAAUCGAGAGCUACAUGCUGGCACCAACCGAUCAGUCACUUGUACUCACUACAGACCUGGAGAAGAAGCUCCAAAAUGCUUUUGCCCAUAUCUUGGGGUUGGAAGGAAAAUGCUUCGGCCUGGACCAAUCAUUUUUUCGCCGCGGAGGCGAUUCCAUUCUUGCAAUGCAGCUGAGUGCCCACUGCCGUGCGCAAGGGCUACCUGUUACGACACAAGAGAUUUUCCAGUGCCCGACGAUCUCCUCCCUGGAAGAUGUGAUCUUAGCAAAACCGGAGUAUCAAAAUCAGCAUACUGAUAAUUUCUUCUCACUGUCCCCUGCUCAACAUCUGCUUUUGCGGCAGUACAACGUGGCUGAGCCGGCGGGCAGGUAUGAACAAAGUCUCAACACCUAUUGCAUCAUACGCAUCGCCAGAGCAGUGAAAUUCGAACAGCUGGAGUCGGCUAUGACGUCUCUCGUCCUUCGCCAUCCCGCGCUGCGUAGUAGAUUUGCCGUAGAUGAAAACGGCUGCUGGACGCAGACAGUAAGUGACGUAUCGAAGCGCUCAUUCCUUUGCCUUUCAACGCAUGGUCCUGCCACGGAUUCAUCCAACGGUCUGCAACAGUCAAUUACCCAUUUUGAACACUUGAAUCUACAUGAUGGGCCGUUAAUUGUGGCCCAAUUGAUUGAAGGCGAAGGCAACGACCACAAUUCCCUGCUCCUGGUUACUCCAAAGUUAGCUGUCGACUUUCCGUCACUGGAGAUAAUCGCCGAAGAACUUAAUGGCCGCCUAGAGUCACAGGAGGUAUCGGUAUGCAGAGCUGCUGGGUCGUUCCGUUCUUGGCUGGAGAAGACAACGACAUCAAGGUCGUCGUUCAAUCCCCUGGAUUUCCUGGCCACGCCUGAAGCUUCUAGCAUGAAUGAAGGCAUGUACCACAUCAAAACAGAUCCCAUGCAACUCCGUCUAGAGCCAAAGACAGCCAAUCUGCUCUGGGAGAAGAGCGCUGAAGUCUUAUGGGCCGAUCCAAAAGAGGUCUUCAUGGCUGCGUUAUCACAUGCCUUCAAGGCCACGUUCCCAAACCGAGGAAAUCUCUUCAUCCUUGUCGAGAGUGAUGGUCGGUCACACGAUGUCGCUGGCGAGAUAGGUCAAUUCACUACAUAUGUACCGAUAGAGUUGUCGGCGACGAGUGCAGACUAUAUCGGCGCGAUAGGCGAAGUCAAAGAUCUGUAUCGGGCAGCAUCGAGAAAAUAUGAGUUUCGCACCCUGGAAGAUGGUCAUGUAGGUGUACUUUUGCGCUGGACCAAAAAGGUAAAGCGGGAAGAUGAUAUUCUUCAGCUUGCGAACGAAAACAGCUGGUCCUUAGAUGCGUUGCAUGUGAACACCGAUAACAAGACAUCGGCAUUCCGUCACCAGCUUGGCCUGUUGGACAUUACUGCAGAACAGUCAUCUGACUCUCUCGAUGUCAAUUUUGUCAACUAUCACAAUAAUCCAACGCAACACGACAUGCGCCUCUGGCUGGAAACUUGCCAACAAUUUCUAUCCGAGCUCCCUGAGCUACUCCAGGGAGCCUCUCUACAACUCCGAGUCAGUGACUUUCCCCAGCUCUGCAUGGGUCAAGAAAACCUAGUCUCACUGCUAUCCAACCUUUCCUCCCAGAAUUCCGGUGUAGAACGAUCUGGAAUCAAGGAACUGUACCCAGUAUCCCCUAUUCAACAGGGAAUGUUACUUAGUCAAGCCCGGAACCCGCGAACAUACAAAUCCAUCGUAGCUUGGAGAGUCGAGUCACGCGACGGCACUCCCGUCGAUAUGGAACGGCUGCAGAAGGCCUGGAAGACCGUGUUUGGAACACAUUCCAUAUUGCAAACCGUGUUCGUGCAUGACAACGAUGGCGCGUAUUACCAGGCUGUCUUGAAAUCUCCACCUCAUCCGAUAACUGCGUUGAAUGCCAGUCAAGAGCCCUUCCUGGAGAUCGAUCAUGGUAUGCCUCACAAUGGACAGGUGAUUGUCCCUUGGCACCUCGAUCUGGCGGCCUGUGGGGGCGGGACCGUGAUAUGCGAGCUCCAGAUCAGCCAUGCGCUUAUGGACGGAGAGUCUAUGCGCGUGUUGGCCAGAGAUGUUGCGCUUGCAUACGACGAUAAAUGGCACAAUUAUCACAAUUCUCCACGUUACAGCCAAUACAUCGAGUUCCUGAGUCAGGUCGACAGUGGACAUGCUCUCGGAUACUGGGAUGUAUAUCUUCGAGACCUGAAACCGUGUAUAUUCCCGUCCACUCCAGCCGUCAAUUCUGCCAUCCCCAUUGAGCGUUUCACGAACAUCGACGUUGUGCUGGGAGAUGCUUCUAGCUUACAUGUGUUCUGUGAGAAAGAGGGUGUAACUCUUUUCAACGUCAUGCAACUCGCAUGGGCAAUCGUUCUUCAAUGCUACACUGGAAACGAGAACGUCGCAUUUGGAUACCUAACUUCAGGCCGAGAUAUACCCGUCGAUGGUGUUGACGACAUGAUAGGACCUCUUAUCAAUAUGUUGAUCAGUCGGGUCGAUUUGGGUAAAGAGACAAGCGUCCGGCAGGGUCUGGAACAGUGCCGAGUCCGCUUCAUGCAAAGUCUCCCCCAUCAGCAUUGCGCUUUGUCCGAUAUUUAUCGCGCGCUUGGGCAUUCUGGCGCAGGCUUGUUCAAUACCAUCAUCACAUACCAGAAAGGCCUCCCUCUUAACGCAGAGACAAGUGUCGUCCUUGAACAGACACGGGAUGAGCAGCCUACGGAGUUCGAUAUCGUCGUCAAUGUGACUGUUGUUUCGGAUACUAUAGCUGUCUCCCUUACUUAUGACGCGAGUAAAUUUUCCAAAGAUAUGGCUGGCAGCAUAGGACGCACACUCAGCACGAUUAUUUCGGAAAUCAUCUCAACUCCAGGUGUUGCCGUAUCUGAGAUCAACGUACUCAGCGCUCCAGACUACGCUCAGAUCUUGAGCUGGAACAGCCCUCCGGCCGAGUCUCUAAACACGUCUAUUGGAAACCUCGUGCGAUCGACAUGCCUUGAUUUGUCACAACAAAUAGCAGUCGAUGCCUGGGAUGGAACCCUUACAUACGAGCAACUGUGGAUUUACUCUGCUUAUCUUGGCAACAUGCUGCGUGAUCAUGGCGUGGGUGCGGAAAUACUUGUGCCCAUAUAUAUGGAGAAAUCGAUGUGGGUACCAGUCUGCAUGCUAGCUGUACUGCGGGCAGGGGGUGUUUGCGUUCCCAUCGAUUCUAAGUCCCACAUAGAUCGGGUGCGAGCGAUCCUCGCCCAGAUCUCACCAAUAGUCAUGCUGGUUUCCUCUACACCAGCUCAGCUUGAGCUUGAUUCGUCUUGCAGGAGGAUAUCGAUAUCGCCCGAGCUGUUCUCUCCCGUGACGAAGAAGCAAGAUUCCGAGGUAGCUACGCAUGUGGAGCCGAAGAGUGCUGCAUUCAUCCUGUUCACCUCAGGAACCACAGGCCGGUCCAAGGGCAUCAUCCUGCAACACGACAGUCUUAGCAAAGCGUUCGAGGAACAAAGGAUAAACCUUCACAUAUCGUCUGAGUCUCGUGUUCUACAUUUCACGUCAUACAAUUUUGAUUUGAGUGUGUUUGAGGUAUUCACCACGCUAGUGUCUGGAGCCUGUAUCUGCAUACCUUCCGAGACAGAAAGGAUAAAUGGACUGAGCGACUUCAUCAAUAGAGUCCAAGUGAACUGGAUGGGCAUGACCCCUUCGCUUCUCCGCUUGUUCAAGCCUGGUGACGUUCCUACAGUACACACUUUGACCUUGGUGGGCGAAACAAUACCCCAGGAUAUCGUGGACCUUUGGGCAGACAAGGUUCGUCUCUUCAAUGGGUAUGGCCCCGCUGAGUGUACCAUAUGCACAGUCCAUGAAAUUGAAAGUAUCAACUGGAUUCCUGGUACUAUCGGGCGGCCUGUUGGCGGACAAGGAUGGGUAGUGGAUCCAUCGAACAUCAAUCGCCUGAUGCCGAUAGGCGCAGUGGGAGAACUACUCUUCGAAGGUCCUGUCGUGGCUCGGGGCUAUUUACAGUUGCCCGAAAUGACUCAGAAGAGUUUCAUAUCAGCGUUGCCCAAAUGGUUACCCACCUCCUCUCCCAACGACCGAUGUUGGCUCUAUCGAACGGGCGACCUCGUACAGCAUAGCUCAGACGGCUCUCUGAUAUAUCUCGGGCGCAAUGAUAACCAAGUCAAAUUACGUGGACAAAGAGUUAACCUGGAGGAGAUUGAGUUUCAAAUGAGACAGCACCUUUCCACUAAACAUGAUGUAGUGGUUGAUGCCAUUCAGCCACGGGACCAAGUUUCGACAAAGUUGCUCAUCGCUUUUGUCUACCGAGGGCCGCAAGACAGAGACACCAUCGAUGAGGCGUCCCUGCUGGUACCAGCUGACGAGCAUUUCCGAUCGCUGUCGCUCCAAGUUCAAACCAAACUUUCUGCGACUCUCCCAGUCUACAUGAUCCCUCAACUUACCAUUCCCAUUACCCAGAUUCCUUUCUCAAACACAGGAAAGACAAAUCGCCGCCUCAUCCGGGAAACUGCCUCGGCUCUAUCCCGCAGUGAGCUCGAGGCCUUAGUCAACACACGAUACGGAAGCAGACUACUACCUACCACAUUGGAAGAGGAGGCUGUUCAGCGCUUCUUCGCAACAGCUCUUCUCUUAGAAAUGGAAGGUAUAGGUGUUCAAGACAACUUCUUCCAGAUUGGAGGCGACUCUAUUACGGCUAUGAAAGUAGUUGGCCUUGCGCGUGCAGAGGGCUACGCCUUGGUCGUCGCGGACAUCUUCGAUCGCCCGAUAUUGGCUGCAUUGGCCGCAGAGUUGCAAAGUGCGGCCGUGCUUGCUGAUACCAAGCCUUACAUUCCGUUUUCACUUGUCCCAAGCGAGGAACAGAUCGAGGUACUUCGAUCGCUGGCCCUGGAGAGCUGUCAUAUUCCCCCAGACGCACUUGAAGAUAUCUACCCAUGCACCUCUCUACAGGAGGGGCUCAUGAGUCUGACCAUCAAGAAGCAGGGCUCUUACGUCGCGCAAUACGAGUAUGCGCUGCGAGAUGAUGUGAACACUUCUCAAUUGGCAACCGCCUGGAAUGUUGUUGUUGCGGCAAAUCCCAUCCUGCGAACUCGAAUUGUCCAGUCGCAAUCAGGACAGUUGUUCCAGGUCGUGACCAAGCACGGUGAUGUAUGCAAGGCCCAGCUUUCUGGACUGGAAGAGACCAAGAGGAAAGCCAAGGAGCAACAAAUUGGUCUUGGAUCGCUGUUACUUCAGUAUGCAGUAAUAACCGAGGAUGACUCCGCAUACUUUAUUCUGACCAUUCAUCAUUCCCUUUACGACGGUUGGUCUAUGACACUCUUGUUGGAACAGUUGGAAUCGGCGUACCGUAACAUAUACCCGACAAUUCGUCCGUUCACUGGCUUUGUCGACUAUGUCAAUCGUCGGGACCUCAAUGCUUGCAAGACUUUCUGGCGAACAUAUUUUGACGGUAUCAACAUCGUCACGUUCCCCAGACCCGAACCCCAGAGGCUCUCUACCACAGAAUCACCUCCAUUGCAGUUGUUAGAACACAGAGUAGAGAUGCCGGCAGCCAAUUCCCGCUUCACUCUUUCGGCUAUCGCCCGUCUUGCCUGGGCUAUCGUACUUUCCAAGCACACUGACUCUGAAGAUGUCAUAUUCGGGGCGACAGUCGCUGGUCGCAGCGCUCCUGUCGAGGGUAUUGAACAGAUGACUGGUCCGACAAUUGCUACGAUUCCUUUCCGCGUCCAAGUCAGCCCCUCGUUUACUGUGGAGCAGUGCCUACAAGAGGUGCAGUCACAGACAAUUGCUAUGAUCCCCUACGAGGGGACAGGGCUACACAAUAUCCGACCCAUGAGCGCGGAUGCAGCUGUCGCAUGUCAAUUCCAAAACCUGCUUGUUAUCCAACAACAAGGGAGUUUCUAUAAACCUGAGCUUUUACGAGAGGUGCAUCGAACUUCUGAUAACAUUGCGGCUAUCAAUACUUACCCGCUUACGCUGUUGUGUAAUUUGAAUGGAGAUCAUGUGCUGCUUCAGGUUUCUUAUGAUCCAAGCGUCUUGAAUCCGGCGAAGGUUAGAGUUCUCGCAAAACAAUUCGGAUGUGCUAUUCGGCAUUUGUUGGAUGCAGGGAAUUCCACAAUCGCUGAGGUACAGUUGAACGAUAAGGAAGACCUACAACAGCUUCAACGCUGGAACCAAUACAUUCCACCAAGAUCGGAAACCACAGUACAUGAUUUGGUCAAUCACCACUUCAAAAGCCAACCAGAAGCUGCGGCAAUCCACUCCUGGGAUGGCAAAUUAUCCUACGGGGAGCUGAACCGUCUGUCAGCUCGAUUAGCCUUAGCUCUGAUUGAGAUGGGAAUCGGCCCAGAAGACUUUGUUCCUCUAUAUUUCGUGAAGUGUAAAUGGACCACAAUAGCUAUGCUAGCGGUGCUUCGUGCAGGCGGAGCGUUCGUCCUAUUGGAUCCUGAUCAUCCGAUCGACCGUUUGCUUAACAUCAGCGCUCAGCUAGAUGCUUCAAUCUUGCUUUCCAUGAGUCUGCUUUCUUCUACGGCAGAUACUAUCUCACCCAACGUCAUCUAUCUAGAUUCAUGGGAUUGGGAUAGCACCAUGGAUCAAGAAAUGCCGACAAUCCCAAAGACCUCUGGCCCUCGGAAUAAGGUGUACGCUAUUUUCACUAGCGGCUCGACUGGUGUCCCGAAAGGAGUCGUCAUCGAGCAUUCUUCGAUCAUCACAAGCGUGCUUGCGCUCAUAGACCACCUAGGGCUAAAUAACUCUACCCGAUCGCUACAGGCCACUGCCUACGCGUUUGAUGCUUGUAUGUUGGAUCAUCUAUCGACUCUUCUGGCCGGUGGCUGCUUGUGCAUCCCCAGAAGUUCGCACGUUUACACCGAUCUUGCAGCCACAAUCCGUGAGCUUCAGGUUAAUUACACGAUGGUUACACCAUCUGUGGCAGAGCUUCUCCGACCAGAAGAUGUCCCCGGGCUGCGUACACUGGUACUAACAGGGGAGACCGGGACGGCUGACUUAGUGGCUACUUGGGCCGACAGGGUGAAACUUAUCAAUGCGUAUGGUCCCGCUGAAUGCUCUGUGGUGUGUGUCAUACUGUCGCCUGUUGGCAGUCAAGAUCGUUGUGCGAAUAUUGGUUUCGCUCCUGGAAGUGCAAGCUGGGUCGUCGACAAGAAUGACCACCACAGACUAGUCCCUAUAGGUGCAGUGGGAGAGCUGCUGAUAGAAGGUCCAAUCCUUGCGCGCUGUUACCUCAAUGACGAGGAUAAAACGCGCGCUGCUUUCAUCCUAGAUCCUGCCUGGGCGUAUCUAUUCCCCCCUACAGCUGGUUCCCGCAGAUUGUACAAGACCGGCGAUUUGGUUCAGUACCAACCAGAAGACGGUUCGCUAUUGUAUAUUGGCCGCAAAGACACGCAGGUGAAAAUUCGCGGCCAGCGCCUGGAGCUGGGCGAGAUCGAGUAUCACAUCAGAAACUCUGCAAACUCUGCUCUGCGUGUCGUCGUUGACGUUUUCACACCACUGAGCGACAGUUCAAUUACAAUGCUAGCUGCUUUCGUUGAGAUGGCUCCCAACUCCAAAACUAGGUUGGGCAAGCCAUGCGUUCAUCCGCUGUUCGCAUCAACAACAGAAGACUUCCACGAUUGGGUACAAGCGAUAAUGGCUCGAAUGCGCGAGAAGCUGACCACGGCGAUGCUACCCUCUGUAUUCUUCCCUGUCGUGCAGAUCCCUCUUUCUGUAACAAAAAAGGUGGACCGAAAGAAGCUGAAACAGGCAGCUUCUUCUUUGAAGGCUGCUGAUAUUCGCUCGUACAUGACCAGGGAGAAAAGUAAAACAGGUCCCGCGACACCGGAGGAGUGUCUAGUUCAGUCUGUCUGCGGUCGUGCCCUUAAUGUGCCUCUCGAGGAGAUUGGAAUGAAUGAUACAUUCCUUGAGCUUGGCGGCGAUUCGAUCUCAGCGAUACGUUUGGUUGGAAGCAUUCGAGCUGCGGGCUGGGCUCUGGAUCUAAUUCAUGUUCUCACUGAGCCAGAUCUAGCUAGUCUAGCGGCUAAAUUACGCCGCCGCGAAGACACCGCAAUAGUCCGUCAUCAUACUCCAUUUGGUCUUCUGGGAGCCGAAACAAACGCUUCUUCCCUGAAAUCUCUCGCAGCGAACGCAUGUUGUGUGGAUGUUGAACAGAUCCAAGACAUUUACCCAGCCACUGCUCUCCAGGCCGGCUUACUCGCAUUGAGCCUCAAACAACAAGGUUCUUACCAGGCUUACCUUCCUCUCAGACUAGCAGCACAUACAGAUAUAGAGAGACUCCAGAUGGCUUGGGAGGCAACGUUGGAAGCGAAUCCUAUAUUACGAACCAGGUUGUUUCAGGACUCGGACGGACAACUGUAUCAAGCUGUUGUUAAGACUGCAGUUCAGUGGCACUCUGCAAAGGAUUUAAAUAAUUACUUUGAGAAGGAUGCCAGUCUUUCGGUGAGUCUGGGAGGACUUCUCACCCGCUUUGCUGUGAUAAGAGAGUCGAAGCAACAUCAGUCAUGUCUCGCAAUAACGCUCCACCAUGCACUGUACGAUGGGUGGUCCCUGCCACUUCUCUUCAAGGAUCUUCAGACGGCCUAUCGAGACGUAUCUUUGGUCCCUCGGCCAUUUAACGGAUUCGUGGAUUAUAUCUGCCGAACGGAUCCCGACGCCAUGUCCGAAUUCUGGAGACGCGAAUUCCAAGGUCUAUCGUGCACCCAGUUCCCAGUGGUACCUGUUCUAGAAUACAAUCCGAAAAUUAGUGACAUAAUUGAGGACACUCUGGAGUAUGGCAACUCGGGCUCUCGUUUUACAGUGUCGACGAUCCUGCGUCUGGCUUGGGCCGCUGUCAUAUCGAGCUAUACAGGGCUCGACGAUGUCGUUUUUGGCACUACUGUCGCGGGACGGAGUGUAUCCGUUCCGGGAAUUGAAGAGAUGACCGGACCGACUAUCGCCACAGUGCCGCUUCGCGUUCAUAUUGAUUCUUCGCAAAGUACCCAAGACGCAUUGGAGGAGCUGCAUGUGCGCGGUGCACAUAUGAUCAAGUUCGAGCAAGCUGGACUCCAGAAGAUCCGGGCCCUAAGUCCAGAAGCAGCUUUGGCUUGCCAGUUUCAGAGCCUACUUGUGACGCAAUCGCCGGACAUGCAAGAAUCAGACGCUGCACUUGCUGAUUUCGUCGUCGAUGCUGAGUUCGCAUAUGAUGACACUGCAUUUUCUUCAUAUGCUAUCAACAUCACGUGUGAAUUGUUACCGUCAUCAAUCAAGUUUCGAGUCGCGAUCAUGGAUAAUAGCCCGCUUGUCAGGGAGGUCAUGGAGAUCAGUCCCGAAGGAAUGGGAUUGUUGAAACAGUGGAAUAAUCUCCCAGCGCCUGUGAACAGCUGUGUGCAUGACUUAGUGCUAAGUCACAGCGCUAAUACGCCAGACGCGGUCGCGGUGAAAGCGUGGGAUGGGCAGAUGUCGUACCGAGAGCUGGAUGAUCUCUCAUUGCAAGUGGCUAUAUUGCUGUGCGCCCGCAAACUGCCAAAUGAGUCGAUUGUGCCACUUCUUUUCGAGAAAUCUAUGUGGACAGUAGUUGCUCUGGUUGGCACGCUCCGGGCUGGACACGCUUUCCUUCUCUUAGACCCUGCCCUGCCAGAAGCUCGACUAAGGACGAUGUGCCACGAUUCUGGCGCCGAGUUGAUCUUGGUAUCUCAAAAUUUCGCCCCCUUAGCCAAAACAGUCGCUCCGGAGGUAAUUGCGCAAGUGUGCUCAUACGCAACGCUCCACGACUCUUCCGACACCGGCCGUGCAAUAAUGCUACCACCUUCAAACCCGAGCGCAAUUCUUUACUGCAUCUUCACCAGUGGAUCGACUGGAACACCAAAGGGUGUGUUGAUUGAACACACGUCCUUUUGUGCCAGCGUCGCUGGUGUAUACCAGUUAAUAUCUUUUGGUCCUGCUACGCGAGUGUUUCAGUUUGCCUCAUAUUCCUUCGAUGUCAGUAUCACCGACCACCUAGUCCCUUUGAUGUCUGGCGGCAGUAUAUACAUACCUCAUGCGGAUGAAGUCAAGAAUAGGCUCUCCGAUUCCCUGCGCGAAUCGAAAGCCACUUACUUGGAGCUGGUUCCUUCAAUGGCGAGGUCGCUGGAAGUUAACGUUUUGGCUAGUUUGCAGAUUCUUGGUCUGAGUGGUGAAGCCAUAACCAAGGCAGAUGUUGAAAAAUGGCAUGGCACAGUCGCUCUGUCCAAUCUGUAUGGACCCGCGGAAUGCUCCGGUACUUCCAGUGUUCGAUUUCCGUUAGAUGUGGAAGGUCCUUUCGAGACGCUCGGUACAAUGACUGGAUGCGUGGGAUGGGUAGUUGAACCUACUGAUCUCGAGCGACUGGUACCUAUUGGAGCGGUUGGCGAACUGAUUAUAGAGGGUCCCAACGUCGGAAGAGGUUACCUGAAUGAUUCUGAGCGAACAGCAGCCUCCUUCGUAUCCCCUAUGCAGUGGCUUCAAAAGCUCCGAGGUGGUGCGCAGGGUCGCGUGUACCGGACCGGAGAUCUCGUGCAAUUGAUGCCUGAUGGGAAUCUGAGAUUUGUAGGUCGCAAAGACCUUCAGGUCAAGGUUCGGGGUCAGCGAAUCGAGUUGGUCGAAGUCGAAAGCCACUUGCACUCACUGUUCCCCCGCUCGACGAACGUCGUGGCCGAAGUCCUCCAGCUCAAUGACCAUAGGGAUCAGGCUGUCCUUACAGCUUUCGUGGACUGUCCAGAUCUCCGCCAACUGGGAAAUGCAAACCUCUGUGCUGACGAUGUGGCUAUAUUGCCUCCAAGUCAGCUUUUCUUGGCUGAAGUGCAGAAAGCGAUAGUACAUUUACGGAGGACUGUCCCAGCAUACUUGGUUCCUGCACUAAUCCUCCCCCUCAAUCAGUUUCCGGUCAACAACUCAACAAAGGUCGAUAGAAAGAAAUUGCGAACGCUAGGCACACAUCUUGACUGGAAAGACAUCAAGGGCUACUUGGGCUCUACUGGGUCUAAACGUGCUCCAGAAACCGAGAUCCAACGAGCCCUAGUACUUCUCUGCGCAAAGGUUCUGAACACUGACCCCACAGAGAUAAGCAUAGACGACAGCUUUCUCUCUCUUGGAGGCGAUUCCAUCAGCGCUAUGUCUAUAGUUGCUUUUGCAAACGUUCAACGAAUCACCAUAACUGUUGCUGAUGUUUUGGGCCAGCCUUCCAUCGAGAAACUGGCGUCGAAAGCGCAGAAGGACCAGGAGAUUUUGCCGUCAUCGCAUCCAAGUGAGGAAAUCGAUGUGCCGUUCACGAUGUCUCCGAUACAGAAGACGUUCUUUGGCGUGGUUACCCCAGAAUGCAUUAAUCACUACAACCAGAGCUUUUUCGUGGCCUUGAACCGACACAUUCCGGUUGAAGAUCUGAGAAAUGCGGUCCAUGCUGUCGUGGAACGGCACUCUAUGUUGCGGAGUCGCUUCAGCGAGACCGACGGCGAGUGGGCGCAGACUAUUGUUUCUGAUCCAGGAUCCUUCCUAUUUGACAGAUCCAGGGUACCGACGUUCGAAAGUAUCAAGUCGUGGGCGCUUGAAACACAACAAAGUCUGGAUAUUCGCAAGGGCAUAGUGUUUGCGGUCAACCUUUUCGAAGUAGAGGGCCAGGGACAACAUAUGCUGCUAGUCGCACAUCACCUAGUAGUAGAUCACGUUUCUUGGCGUAUCAUUCUCGCAGACAUGGAGCACCUUUUGGUCGACAACGUGAAUAUGGAGGCUGCAUUUACUGAGGAGCCCUUGUCUUUCCAGACAUGGUGUCACCUCCAAGCUCAAUUUGCUCGAGAGAACCUCACACCCCAAAGAGCCUUCCCAGCAUAUGACAGGAAUAAAGAGCUGUUCUCUACAGAUUUCCUAGGCUAUUGGGAUUUGGAAAAUAUUCCGAACACUUAUGCUGACACGGCGACUGCUGGAUUCCAACUGAGUUCGGAAACAACCAAUUGUCUCCUUCAUGACGCCAACAGCGCAUUCAGGACGAGACCUAUCGAAAUCCUUCAGGCUGCCCUGAUAUUCUCUUUCAUGCAUGAGUUUACCGACCGUGGACCACCUGUUGUUUAUAGCGAGGGCCAUGGGAGAGAAGUUUGGGACUCUUCGAUCAAUUUGUCACAGACAGUGGGCUGGUUCACGACGAUUUGGCCGACAUUACCCACAGUAGAACCGGGGCACAGCAUCCUAGAUGUGAUAAGACGGACGAAAGAUAGCCGACGAGAAAUGCCGGCCAAUGGAUGGGAGUACUUCGCUUCCAAGGUUUUGAAUCCGGAGAGUCGCGAAAGAUUGCCGCUAGCUAUUCCCAUGGAGAUCGUGCUCAACUUUGCCGGAUUGUUUCAACAACUCGAAGGCCAGGAUGGUCUGUUCCGCCUUGCCGAUACUCAAUUCUCGCAAUUUGACGUGUCGACUAGCAUCUCUCGGUUUGAACUCUUUGAGAUUUCAGCAGUCAUCAAGCGAGGCGUCUUGGAUGUGAGUAUCCUGUACAAUCGCCAUAUACCCUCGAAACGUAUCGAGCAAUGGAGUGCAACCUUCAAGUCCACGCUGAACAAAGUAUGUCAAAUGCUACCAUCGAUGCCGACACAACUCACUCUUACCGACCUCUCAUUUCUAAAUUUCGGCUAUCAAGAUAUCGACCGCAUGAUCGAGAGAGUUGCAACGGUGGUGGGUCCAGGUUCCAGCGUCAAGAUCGAGGAUGCCUAUGCUUGCACCGGAAUCCAGCAAGGCAUGCUACUGAGUCAGGCAAAGAACUCGGCUAACUAUGUUACUGGCACCUCAUGGGAGAUCAAGAUGUCCGACGGCCUCGACAUUGAUCGUUUCAUACGUGCAUGGAAGAAGGUGGUACAACACAACCCAGUGCUUCGCACAAUAUUCCUCGAAGGCCACUCCGGUCAGCUGUUGGACCAAAUUGUUUUGGCCGAGACAACUGGCAAGAUCAUUUGCUACGACUCACAGAAACUACAAGAAACCGAGAACGUAACACCAGUAUGCCCAUGGCAUCUUUUGCUUCAUGAAGAAGGUGAGACUCUACUUUGUAGACUCGUCAUUCUCCAUGCCUUACUGGAUGGCCACUCUAGUAGACUUCUCCAGCAACAGAUCACGGCUGUGUACAAUGGAAUAUCUCUCGAACAGCCGAGCAGUAGUUUGAAGAACUACAUUUCGUAUGUGCAACAACUCCCAAGCGGUGCUGCAACACGUUAUUGGGCCGGAUACCUACAAGACGUUGACCCCUGUAUGGUACCCACAAUGGAUGCUGGUGCCGGCGAUGGCAAGGCCUCGGUAAAGUACGUCUCUAGAGAUAUAGCCGAUCUCGAAGCGCUGCGAUCAUUCUGCGAAAACCAUCAUGUCACAAUGUUCAAUCUCAUCCAACUUGCGUGGGCCAUUGUUCUGAAAGCCUACGCAAGCUCCGAGACUGUUUGCUUUGGCUACUUGAUAUCUGGUCGCAAUGUCCCAAUUCCAGAUAUUGAAAUGAUCAUUGGUCCCUUUAUUAACAUGGUAGUGUGCAAGGUGGAGCUUGAAGGUAGCAAUUCCAUUGCUGAUACGAUUCGCUCGGUCAAUUCCGACUUCUUGCAGGGGCUAGACCAUCAACAUACCUCCUUAGUGGAGAUCUUCCACGAAUUAGGCAUAUCAGGCCGCGGCUUAUUCAACACCGUGGUUUCUUUCCAGACCUUGCCGGAGACGGUAGAUGAGAUUGAGACAUUCUCAGACCUCUCGAUCAAGUCUAUGGCAGCCGAUGAUCCCACAGAGUACGAUAUCACAUUGAAUAUUGCCCUGUCCAGAAAUAACAUGGAAUACGCCCUAUGGUACUACGAAAAUUCAUUCACACAGGACCAGAUCACAGACCUCGCCGUGGCAUUCGAGGCUGCCCUUUUGGGAAUAGUAGACUCAGCGAAUGCUCGAGUUCACGACAUAGAUCUACUUGGCCAAGAACAUCUACAUUGGCUUCGUGCACGAAACGGAGUGGUCCCUGUGGCUCGAGAGGAGUGUAUCCACGAUGCCAUCGCACCAUUUUUUCUUUUGGCCCCUUCUGCCCCCGCCGUGUGUGCAUGGGAUGGAGAUUUCUCCUACGCGGAUCUGGGCCAACUAGUAUCCAAUUUGACCCACGUUCUAGUCCAUACUGGCGUUCGCAACGAGAGUUAUGUGGCGAUUCACCUAGAAAAGAGCCGAUGGACGGUGGUAGCCAUGCUAGCUGUUCUCCGUGCUGGUGGAUCUUUUACACUGAUCGAUCCUUCUCUCCCACUGGUACACAAGCAGGCUCUGUGCGAUGAAAUCGCUUGUCGUGUUUUGUUUUCCUCAGCAACUUCGAGUAUCCCACUACCGUCCGUGGAGAAUGUGAUCACAGUCGGCAACGGCGAAGAAGAAGACUGGGCAAAAGCAUCUAUCAGUUAUAGUGUAUCGACGCCGGCCCGACCUAGACAUGUCGCAUACUGUGUGUUCACAUCUGGCUCGACUGGUACACCCAAAGGUGUAGUGAUCGAGCAUGCCUCAUUCUGCGCCAGCGCAAGAUCUCAACACCGUCUUUUAUCUAUCAACAAUUCUUCUAGAGUAUUGCAGUUUUCUGCAUACUCUUGGGAUGUGAGCAUUAUGGACCAGCUAGGCACACUCAUGGCGGGUGGUUGCAUUUGUAUACCCUCGGAAAGCCAAAGGAUAGAUGCGCUGGCGGACGCGAUCUACCAGUUUAACGCGACAUGGAUUCAGACUACGCCCCCAGUUAUGCGGCUACUACAUCCGGAUCAGGUGCCAUCAUUUGAAACAGUAGUACUCAUCGGUGAAACCCCGUCUUAUGACGACAUCAAUACGUGGCAUGGGAGGGUUUCUCUUCGGGAAACAUAUGGUCCGACAGAAUGUUCAGUGCUUGCAAUGGUCAAUCCCGAUCCCCCAUCUGACCCCAGAAACAUCGGACGAGAGAGUGGCUGCGUCUGUUGGAUAGUUGACCCGAACGAUUAUCACAAGUUGAUGCCGGUCGGCGGGAUUGGAGAACUUUUGAUCGAAGGACCAAUACUCGGCCGGGGCUACCUGAAUGACCCCUUGAGAACUGCUUCAACGUUCGUUGAGAACCCUCAUUGGGCUGCAAGCUAUAGAAAGUUUGGUCUCAUGCGGCUAUAUAAGACUGGCGACCUUGCCCAUUACUGCCCUGAUGGAUCUAUUCGCUAUGUGCGCCGAAAGGAUACUCAGGUCAAGUUACGAGGGCAACGCAUUGAGCCUGGGCAGAUUGAGUAUCAAAUUUCGAGCAGCUUCGAAGGCGCUGAACGCGUCGUUGUGGACGUGGUAUUCCUGAACGCGGAGCCAUCCCGAGUUUUCCUUGCAGCAUUUGUGAAGGAAAGAAAUUUCGCCUCUAGUGGCACCGUAGGUGUGGAAAUGGAUGUCCUAGCCUCGUCCAGUGCCCAGUUUGUCACCAAGGUGGAUAGGUGUUUAGUCCAUCUGGAGAAUCACUUGCCCAAACACAUGGUCCCGACCGUUUUUCUACCUCUGGCUUGGGUGCCUGUUACCAGCACAUGCAAGACCGACCGCCGACGGCUGAAACAAAGAGUUGCCGACAUGACUCGAGACCAACUCGAGGCUUGUACAUCACUUGGGCCGUCCAAUAAGCAAGCUCCAUUGACCGAUGCAGAACAUAGUAUGCGGGAGGUAUGGAGUCGAGUAUUGGGCAUUCCAUGCGAUUCGAUUGGUACGCACGACAACUUCUUUCAUCUGGGUGGAGAUUCUAUGUCAGCCAUGCGACUUAUCGCAGAAUGCCGUGCCGCAGGGACCACUCUCAGCAUGCAGGACAUUUAUAAAUACCGCAACAUCUACGAAAUGGCGCAACGGGACACAAUUGGUAGCAGUAGCAAUUGCAUGGUGAAGAGUUCGGCUGGAGAGUUCUUUGGCCUGUCGCAAUUUCAGCAGCGUUUACUCGACAGGUCCCCGCAAGCCAGUCACUCACGGAUCUGUCAAAGUUUUUCAGUCGAGGCCGAGAAGGCUAAAUUGGAUAACAACGGCCUUCAACGCGCCGUGCGAGGCUUGGUCAACCAUCACCCCAUGCUGAGGGCCCGAUUUUCCACAAAUGACCAGGGUAUCUGGCAACAGCGUGUUACAUCGGAGAUCGAUCAAUCAUAUCGAAUAGAGGUUAUGGCGAUGUCUGAAGGAUGGAGCCUCGACAAGGAGCUCCAAAGAAUUCCUGAACAGCUUGAUAUCGCUUCCGGCCCCAUUAUCGAGGUUCGUCACGUUCAACACGCGGACGGUCCAGGUAGACAUGAUUAUCUUAUCUUUUUCUGUCAUCAAUUAGUGACGGAUGCACUUUCGUGCAGAAUCAUGGCUGUGGACAUUAUGCGGCUUCUCGACGGAAGCAUCCCCACCCCCGUCCCGUCAUCUACAACGAUGACUUUCCAGAAGUGGUACGAACACACGUCACUCAACGGAGCAGCCGCCUGUAGCUUGAAUGAUGGUGACGGGCACCAAAAUCGAGAUGGUCGUCACAAAACUGAAUCGCGACUUGACUUUUGGGGCGUCAAUAGAGACAAAAGCCCUGUGCGAAACCGUGCUAGUCAGGAGUUUCGCAUCGAUGCACUGACUAGCAGCUUGCUUUUGGGCUACGCCAAUGCUGCGUAUGGAACGCAGCCUGUUGAUAUUGUCCAUGCGGCUCUCCUCCAUUCCUUCUUCCAGACCUUCGGAGACUGCGAACAGCCGAUGAUACACCUCGAGUACGACAGUCGCGGUUCUGUGAAUGCGCCAAUUGAAUAUGAGAAUACUGUCGGCUGUUUCACCAACCUUCUACUCGUCCAACCUGACAUCAGUUAUAGUCGCGAUUUGUUAGACUUGCCACGUUUUGUCAAAGAUGCUCGCAAACUAUCGCAAGAGCAUGCUUUACCAGCGCCGAAGGUGGGAUCUAAGACAGCACUGCCAUACGAGAUAGUCUUGAGCUGCCCACCGAGACUGGUCCACCCAGAUGAGCAAGCGAACAUUGAGACCGUACCUGCUUCCUUCCGAUGCCAAUCGGUCAACAGAUCACCAGAAACACCACAGCAUAGCCUCAUCGAGGUCUGCUGUCACUUAGCUCAUGACGAAUUAGUGGUGUCUUUUUCGUAUGAUCAAGAGAUUCGACAUAACGGACACAUCGCUGCUUGGCUCGAUAAUUGCCAGAAGUCGCUUUCCACCGCAGCAGUCGAGUUAGCUGUCAAACCACGCAUGUACACUCUUAGUGACUUUCCUCUGUUGCAGAAUACAUACGCAGAGCUUGAUAGUUUCGUGGCCGAAGCUAAGCGUCAAGUCGCCGGACAAGAUAUCGAAGACCAUCCCAUCAUCGACGACGCGUACCCUUGCGCUCCAAUCCAACGUGGCAUGUUACUCAGCCAGUCUAGGAAUAAGCAACUGUAUUACCCUCGCUUUGUGUGGAAAUUGCAUACUACUGAGAACUCAACGGUAGAUUUGCCCAGACUACGGAUGGCAUGGAACACUGUUAUCCAGCGGCACGAAAUCUUCCGCACAGUCUUCGUGGAGGGCCUGUCUCAGACCGGUUUCUUUCUCCAGGCUGUCAUGCAUUCAAUCCCUGAUGCAAUUACUGAGCUCCAGUGUGGUUCUGAUGACCUGACCAAUUUGAUCAGCGAUCUUCGCGAGCGAGAGGACCUAUCGCGGCAGCAUCAUCUCUGGCAUUUGGUUCUGUGCCAGAAUGCAAUAGGCGACACUAUUUGCGACCUACAGAUACAUCACGCACUGAUUGACGGGAUUUCUAUCUCUAUUUUAUCAGAUGAGGUGCAGCGCGCUUAUGCGGGGUUUUCCCCGACUGGAGGCGCUGUUCGCUACGGUGCAUACAUCAAAUAUCUUCAAUCAACGCCAGCAGACACCAGCAUCAGGUAUUGGAGGGAUAAACUAUCCGAAACACCUUCAUGUUUACUUCCAGAUAUCUGCGACGACCGGGAGUACACAUCCUCAAAGCCUCGCAAGCGGGUAUUGCUAUCUGUCGAAGCUGAAAUGGAUGAUGCAUCCUCGAUACAUCAGUUCUGUGCCAGAAACGAGAUCAACAUGUCCAACGUUAUCUACCUUGCUUGGGCGCUUGUACUGCAGCGCUAUACCCAAUCUGAUCUGGUCACCUUUGCUUACACCACGUCUGGUCGCGACGUCGCCGUUCCAGGAAUUGAACACGCCAUCGGCGCUUUCAUCAACGUCUUGGUCUGUCAAGUGGCUAUGACGCCCAGUUUGACACUCCUCGACAUAUUACGUACCAUACGGGAUGAGACUAUUCGCAAUCUCGAUUAUCAAAACUGUUCGCUGGCGGAAAUUGGUCAUGCGCUCGGAGUCGACACGACCGAGUUGUUCAAUACUAGUGUUUCGGUACAUGAGAACGCUGCAUACGGAAACCCGUCUGACCUCCCCUUUAUCUUCGUCAGUGAGGAUGGAGCUGAUCCUACCGAGUUCGCAAUCUCCAUACACGCCGUGGUUGACAGAAACAACAUUUCACUUUCUAUGGACUACUGGGCAGGCGAGCGGUUGUCUACUAAGCAAGCCACACGACUAAUUCACAUGUUACGCAAAGUGAUGAACAGCAUCGUGGCACAACCCCGAGCAACUGUGUUCCAGGUCGAUCUGAUAAGCCCCGAGGACAUGGUCUUGCUACAACAAUGGAAUCAAAAGGUUCCUGCAAGUCACGAGGCUUGUAUGCACGACAUCAUUGAGACGCACUUUCAUCUCAGUGCUUCUUCGAUCGCAGUGCAAUCAUGGGAUGGUGAUUUGACAUACGGCGAGCUCGAUGAUUUAUCGCGCAAGCUUGCAAGUCAUCUUGUGGAACUCGGAGCUCUAUCAGAGCAAUUUGUGCCGCUCAUCUUCGAAAAGUCCAAGUGGACUGUUGUAGCAAUGGUAGCUGUCAUGAGAGCUGGAGCUGCAUUCGUGCUCAUCGAUCCCACUAGCCCGGUUCACGUUCUAGAGGACAUAUGCACAGACGUAGAAGCGAAGAUCGUGCUAGCGUCGGUAACACAUCAGCGCGUCAUGCAACACCUGAGUGUUUCGACGAUUGUAGUGGGGCCCAAUACAAAGUCAAUCCUGCCCGACUUCCCUCUACCAUCAGCAGAGGUCAGGCCAUCUAAUGCCUUGUAUGUUGAAUACACCUCAAGCUCAACCGGAAAGCUGAGAUGUGUGGUCAUAGAACAUCGUGCAUUCUGCUCGAUGUUAAAGGCAAGCAAGCUACCCACGGGAGUCGACGAACACACCCGCGUGUUUCAAUUCGCCAGCUACGCCUCACACACUAGUGUCAGCGACCAUCUCAUAGCGCUUUACCACGGAGGCUGCGUGUGUAUUCCUCCACACACACAACUAAAGGACCUCGAGCAAGCCAUUUGCGAUCUGGAAGCGAAUUGGGCAGUACUAACACCUUCUGUUGCGAGGCUGAUCAAGCCCUCGAAUGUUCCCUCUCUCAAAACUGUCGUUCUGGGUGGAGAACCUGUCUCUGACAUAGACCAAUCGCGGUGGCAGGGAUCUGCUUGCCUGGUCAAUGUAUACGGAAAUGCAGAGUGCGGCCCAUUUACCAUGGCUCAGCAGUCUGUACUGAGUCGAACGGGUGCUCCAAAUAUAGGUGUUGGCAUGGGGGCGGUAUGCUGGAUUGUCGAUCCCGCUGACCACCAAAAACUUCAGCCUGUCGGUGCCAUUGGUGAAAUACUACUAGAAGGUCCUGUGGUGGGCCGCGGAUAUCUGCAAAAGCGUGAAGAGAAUGAAGCCUCUUUCGUGGAGGCUCCGGCUUGGAUUCGGCAGUUCCGAGCAACAUUAUCUUCCCGAUUCUUCAAGACUGGAGACCUGGCGAGAUACCAGUCAAAUGGAACUGUGCUUUAUCUUGGAAAAAAGGCAACGCAGGUCACACUCAAGGGCCACGUUCUCCAACUUGAGGAGGUCGCUUCCCAUGUGCAAAAAUGCCUGUACGACAGUAGUGACGUGGUCGUCGAUUUGAUCCGUCCCAGUCAUGGGACUGCAAGGCCAAUUCUGGCUGCUUUCAUCCAUUCUCCAUCUAUGCACGGUAUUCGAGGCUCCCAAGGCGAUGCUAUCAUUCAGCCUACAGCUUUCUUCCAGAGAGCAGCGACCCUAGUUCAAACACGUCUCCGCGAAACAUUGCCACGCUUUAUGACUCCAACGGCUUUCUUGCCUCUAAGAUGGAUUCCCCUUACUACAUCUGGAAAGUUGGAUCGCCGAACCCUACAAGCCUUGUCUUCUCGCAUGACAUUGGAUGAGAUUGAGGCAUAUACCACCCCAGUAGAGUACUCUGUGGAUGGAAGCCGUUCAGCGAACGAAGUCGAGACGCUGUUGCAGGAAUGUAUUGCCCAUGUUCUCAGCAGAAAGACAAACAAGAUCGGACUGGAUGAUAAUUUCUUCCAUCUGGGAGGAGACUCGAUUGGCGCCAUGGAGCUAGUCACCCGUUGCCGGCAUCAAGGUAUAGCGAUUACUAUCGCAGAUAUAUUUCGGUACAAAACCACCCGUCAAAUUGCCACUCGCGUCAAGACAGUAAAAGCAAAUGCACUGGAAUCUAAGGAGCACGUCGGAAAGGCAUUCAGCCUGUCUCCAAUUCAGCAGCGAUUCUUCGAGCGCGUCCCUGGAGGUCAGCUUCGCUUUAAUCAAAGCUUCAUGGUCAAGCUUCGAAGACCCAUACAAGGGAUCGAAACGGCGAUUUUCGCCAUCGUGAGGCGGCACGCCAUGUUACGAACUCGGUUCCGAAAAGAAUCUGGUGUAUGGGUUCAAUCGUCGACCGAGAACGUCAAGCAAUCCAUCCGCUACCGUGUCGCAACGGUGUCGAUGGCAGGGUUGAAAGGGCACCUGGAAGGAAGCCAAGAGGCAGUAGACUGUGAGAGAGGUCCACUACUUGUCGUUGAUCACAUCACUAUCGAUGGUGGUCAGUAUCUCUCGUUCAUCGCUCAUCACCUCGUCAUCGAUCUCGUCUCCUGGAGAGUUAUCAUCAAUGAUCUGGAAACAUUGCUGGUCGAUAACGCACUUCCGCCGCAGCAUUGCGCAUCUUUCCAGACGUGGUGUCAUGCGCAAACCGAGUAUGUUCAAACGCGAAUAAAACCGAUGGAGACUCUUCCGUCCCUCGGUAAUAUUGGGGACUUUGAGGCCGACAUCGAAACGUACUGGGACUGUCCUCAGGCCACAAAUACACACAGUGAGGCCAUGUCUUCCAGGUUCGAACUUGAUUCAAAUACCACUGAGCUCCUUCUUGGGGCGGUCAAUAAGCCCCUGCGAUCAAAAGCAGUUGAAAUCAUCCAUGCUGCAAUUCUUCUUUCCUUUGUUAGGACAUUUCCGAAUCGUCAAGCACCAAUUAUCUACCAGGAAGGACAUGGGAGAGAACCCUGGGAUAGCUCUGUUGAUAUUUCAGAGACCGUGGGGUGGUUUACUACGCUUUUCCCUGUUCUCGUCUCUGCGACGCCGGAAACAGGCUUCGUAGACGUUAUUCGACGCACCAAGGACACUCUGCGCCGGACAGCUUCUAAUGGCUGGGCCUAUUUUACUUCCCAGUACUUGCAUCCAGAUGGGCGCCAUCGACUCGACCUGAACAGACCGGCAGAGAUCCUGCUCAAUUACCACGGUUCUUACCGCAGCCUUGAGAGCAAAGAUAGUGUUUUCCAAAGCACGACCGGCAUCGAUGACACAAGCAGAUGCGUUGAUCCACAAGUGCCGAGAGAUGCAAUGUUCAUCAUAGAAACUUGGGUUUCGGAGGGCGUUUUGCAUUUGGACCUGAGCUAUAACCGGAACAGCCGCUAUCAAGAUUCUAUUCAUAGAUGGCUGGAAAACUGCAAAGUGAUACUAGAGGAAGCUCCCCAUGAGCUCAGCAACUUGCCUCACCAAGCUACCUUGAGCGACCUUGAACGCCUUCCGUUGACUCCACAGGAGUUUACCAGUUUUGUUCGAGUCCUCGGCGAACAAGGAAUCGACUCGUCCCAAUUACAGGACGCGUACCCAUGCUCACACCUCCAGCAAGGCAUUUUGCUUAGUAAGCAGGCGGAUGAGGCGCUAUAUGAGACAAGAACCGAAUGGAAAAUCACGACCUUGGGACCUGAUCGGCGCCUGACUGUCGAAGGCGUCGAGGCUGCCUGGGAGGCUGUAGUUUCAAACUACUCGGCAUUGCGGACGCUCAUCGUGGACAGCUCUUCUGACAGAUUCAAAGACCAGAUUGUCCUUGAAGGUGGCACGGGAAGGGUCAUUAUUGAAGACAUAUCUGGCGUGCAGCAAGAAAAGCAGGGCAUACUCCCUUGGGAAUUCAGAAUCACUCAGCUUUCCGAUACGGAGCUUACAUGCACGCUUACCAUCGGUCAUGAAAUAGUGGAUGGACGCUCGCUUCAGCUGCUUGGUGCAGACCUGGCCCGAGCGGUUAAUGGGAUCGCAUUACAUCCCGAAACGUUACAAUAUGGUGACUAUAUCCUCCACCUCAACCAAGUGCCAGGAAAGCCUAUACAAGAGUACUGGAAAACGUACCUCGGCGGCAUGACGUCAUGCCUGUUUCCCAACCUGAACGUGUCGCCUAAUGGGCGCCUUCACGCUGUGACAAGGCAAUUUCCUGCCCAUCUUCUGCAAGGAUUCUGCGAGAUGCAUGGUACUACAGCUUCCAACCUCAUUCAAGUAGCCUGGUCUUUGGUCCUGCGCUGUUACACAAGCACAAACGACAUCUGCUUCGGUUACUUGACAUCAGGAAGAGACAUUGCUCUCCCUGGUAUCGAAAAUGCUGUUGGCCUCUUUAUUAACAUGCUCAUAUGCCGUGUACAAUUGGAAGACAGCCUUUCCGUUCUAAACAUUCUGGAACAGAAUGAAGGCAACUUCAUCCGCAGUCUUGAGAACCAGCAUUGUUCUAUAGCUAAGAUCCAGCAUGAUCUCGGCUUCCAGCGACGUCCAAUCUUUAACUCUAUCAUCUCGUAUCAGUCUCGUACUUCUAAUGGGAUGCCGGAUUCGGGCUUUCAUGAGAACAAUACACCAGCACAUCUAGAGACCAUGGAUAUUCAUGAUCCCACGGAGUACGGUCUAGUAAUCAACAUCGAGGGUGACAGCGACGAUUUCAACCUUUCACUCACUUUUUGGGAUGCUUGUCUCGAUCUGGAGCAGGGAUCAAAGCUCUGCGACCUCUUGGUGCAGACAAUCUUACACAUUGCCGAAAACCCAUUCACUACUGUCCGCGAGAUUGAAAUGCUGGGCAAUGAAGAUCGCAAGAAGAUCCAUGCAUGGAAUCAGGAGGUUCCGCCGACAGAGCUCGUGUGCAUUCAUGACUGCAUAGGUGAACAGUUUCGGAAGAGACCGGAGGCGCCCGCAAUCUGUGCAUGGGAUGGCAACUUCAGCUACGAAGAGCUUGAUCGACAUUCUUCUACACUUGCUGUUCGUCUUCAAAAAUAUGGAGUUCAGCCGGACAUGUUCGUUCCAAUUCUACUGGAAAAAUCACGAUGGGUCAGCGUCGCGUUCUUGGCCGUCUUGCGGGCUGGUGGUGCUUUCGUCUUCCUCGAUCCAUCCCAUCCCGAUUCGCGCUUGCAAUACAUGUGCCAGACGUUGCAGUCCAAAGUGAUCAUUUGUUCGCCCGAUGACCGAGAAAGAGGAAGGAUACUCGCGGAGACGGUGGUACCGGUUUCCCGGCUCGAAUUAGAGCUAUGCUGGACCGAUGAGACAGCCACGUGUAUGGCCAAGCCGGACAGCGCGGCUUACGCAGUAUUUACAUCAGGCUCCACUGGAAAGCCGAAGGGAGUGGUCAUUGAACACGCAAACUAUGCCACCAGUGGUCGAUCGCUCGCGAAACAGCUGCAUGUUUCGUCUGAUUCGCGCGUCUUGCAGUUUGCGUCACAUGCCUUUGACGUCAGCGUUAGCGAUUAUCUUACAACGCUCAUGGCCGGAGGCUGUGUUUGCGUGCCAUCUGAGGUAGAUCGACUCAAUGACAUUCCUGGAACGGUGGAUCGUCUGGGAGUGAACUGGAUACAUAUGACGCCAUCGGUGGCUCGGACGGUGCAGCCAUGGCAAGUUCCCAGCAUCCAGGUUGUUGUGCUUAGUGGCGAAGUGAUGCAGGAGGUCAAUAUACAGACGUGGGGUAUGGCAGUUCGCUUAAUCAACGCCUAUGGGCCUGCCGAAUGCUCCGUUGACUGCGUGGUUAACGACGAAGUGGUCUCACGUCCAAACAGCAUCGGAACAGCAAGCGCAUCAGUCUGCUGGAUCACCGACCGACAUGAUCCAGAGCGUUUGCUACCGAUAGGAGCUGUGGGCGAAUUGCUUGUUGAGGGUCCAGUCGUCGGACGGGGUUAUCUACGUAAUGAGGAACAGACCCGCAAGGCCUUCAUCCCGCCGCCGCGCUGGCUAAAGCAGUUACCACGGCCCAAUAACACGACAACUAGGCUCUACAGGACGGGUGAUUUGGUGCAGUACUUGCCUGACGGCGCGAUGCGUUACAUCGGACGCCGCGAUCAGCAGCUGAAAAUCAAUGGACAGCGUGUUGAGCUUGGGGAAAUUGAGUUUCAUGUUGGCCGCGUAUUUCCCGUGUCUCAAGGCGCGGUUGUCGACCUCGUUCUACAGCCGCGACAGACUGCGCGACAAAUCCUGACCGCCUUUGUACAGUGGGGGGAGGGACAUCAUGAGGAUGCAGAAUGCCGAGUGCUCGAGCACGACUCCAGUCCUGAUCUUGUCUUGAAGGCACGUGAUGCAGCGGUUCAGCUUGGAGAAUGGUUGCCCCGGUACAUGGUGCCUACACGCUUCAUCUUCGUCACCCGCAUCCCUCUGACCACGUCGGCCAAGGUAGAUCGAAGUAGGCUUCGCCAAAUGGCAACACACAUGCUAGAUGACAAGGCAGGAAACAGUAACAACAAGUCAGACAGACCUCUAACAGUGGCCGAGCAGCAAAUGCAGACACUGUUCGCACAAGUAUUGGGCGCCCAACUCAGCGACAUUCGCGUAGAAAGCGACUUUUUUCAGAACGGAGGAGAUUCCAUCAAGGCUAUGGAAUUAGUAUCUCGAGCCCGCCGCGAAGGCUUAGCAUUAACCGUGGCACAAAUCUUGCGCUCUAGUACCCUGGCGCAGCUUGUCAAGAUGUCGCAGCCGCUCAACACUUCGCCUGAAGUUAAGCACGUCCGCGACCAAUCCGCGCCGGAAUCCAUCAAUACCCAUACGCUUCGCUCUCUACCAUGGCAUGACCUCGCUUUCCGAGAAAGGGAUGUAUCUGAUCUCACCAUUACCACCGAGGUACAAGCAUUUUCCGCAUCUCGGCCGCAGAAUUACUGGUUUUUGGAGUUACGGGGUGCCCUGGAUACAGCAGAGCUGAGGCGAGCUUGCUUCAAGUUGGUCCAGCGCCAUGCCAUCCUCAGAACUGUGUUUGUGUGGCAUCAGGACCAAACUUUCCAGGUAGUCCUACAUCAAAUGGAUCCUGUGAUAUCGGAGCGCGAGACUGGAGACGACGACCUGCGGGCCGUGGCUGAGGUCUAUAGCAGAGAGGACGCACGCUCGCAGAUAUUGUACCGGGAGCCGCCACUUCAUUUCACCCUGCUUCGAAAUAGUCCGGGUCAUCAUCUUUUGAUCAUGAGACUCUCACAUGCCCAGUAUGAUGGCUUGUCCAUUCCAGUGCUCAUGACAGAUGUGAUGCAUUUGUAUCAACAGCGCGAACUCAGCAUGGAGGCUCCAUCUUUUGCUACAUAUACUCGACACUGCCUGCGCUCUCAAACUGGAGAAGCUCUCAGUUACUGGCGCCAGCUACUACAUGGGGCCUCUAUGACGCUGUUGCCAGCUAAGUCGGAGAACACAGAUCCUGAAGAUUCCUCUGCCCAACUAGCGGAAGUCACAGCCAAUUUACGAAAACCAAACCAGCCGCCUGGAAUCACCAUAGCUACAGUGAUGAAGACUGCAUGGUCCCUCGCUCAAGCCCGGAUCUUGGCAAACCACGACGAUAUCGUCUUUGGCCAACUUGUCAGUGGGCGCAAUGCGCUGGACAACCAGCCUGACCUAUCCAACGUGAUAGGGCCAUGUGUGAACAUGAUUCCAGUACGAGUGCGGCUAGGCGAGCUCUCACAGGAACCUGUGGUUGCUCUGAUGCGUCGACUUCAAGACCAGCAUGCGGCCUCUAUGACCUUUGAAACGAUUUCGCUGGGCGCAAUCGCAACGAAUUGUACAUCUUGGGAUCCGAAGGUUGAAUUUGGCUCCAUCUUACAUCACCGACACGCUCCAGACCAAGUCAACAUGCAGUUCGGUGAAUUGGAAUGCCGCGUGGAUGCUUGGUCACCAUUGUCGUUGCCCGGGAGAAGCAUCUGGCUUUCAAGCAUUGUGGAUGAUGCUGGACAGUUGAAGCUAGAGCUUUUCGCCCGCA